AUGGAUACUACAGCUGCCAAAGUCCAGGCUCUCGGCGAUCUGGAGUUGGCUGUUUUGCUUUGCCUAGUAGCUCAGCAACAUUGUAUAAUAUCUACCCAGAACCUUUUGCUCGACAACCUUGCUCAAGAAUUGAAACUAAUUGCUGCCAACAUCUUCGGUCUCACCUGUGCCCUGGUCGACUGCUCCGCCGCGACUACUCUCGAUGACUUCAAGCAGUCUGUCCUUGUCGAUGUUCAGGAUCCGUUGGAUGAUCAUGCUGCUUCUUCGACCCACCUAUCGCUACCCUCCUUCAAACACACCGGUUCCAGGCAAACCUUUUUCCGUAAUCAGUCUGGCACCAGUAAUGAACUUGACGAACGCAAGAUUGCCGACAUCAUUAUCGCAAAGGAUCUGAAUAUGGCCAACAGCAACGUUCAAACACAGGCUCUUGAGCUCAUCCGUACCAAGAGAUUAUUCAGCCAUACUGCCAUGCACGGUACAUCGAAGAACUUCCUUUUCGUGGCUCUGCAGGCAUCCGAGUCCAAGUCAAGACUUGGUUUCCAUCUCAACGACAUGUUUGCCAUCUCACAUUACCACUCAGAAGAAGACGGCUUCCCCAACCUGGAGGAACAACAUUUCCAGGAGCCGCCGCCAUCUGAUGAUGCCGCAUCGAUAUCAUCAGUCGUCAAGCAUCCACUUCCUGAGCAGGACGCGCUCCGCAACUUUCCUGUAAUCUCGCCCGACGAAGUUCAAACCUUGCGUGCUGCUGUCAAAGAUGUUCGAGUCAGCGCCGAAGUGGCCUCAUAUCUCCACAACAUUGUUAUCUUCAUGCGAUUGAACCGUUUCGUUGCAGGAGGUAUCUCUGCCUAUGCAACUCGGCACUUUCGAGCCAUUGUAUAUGCUCUCGCCCCCUUGCAUGAUCUCACUUACGCUCCUCCUUCAUUGGUUGCUCUAGCGGCAAGAAAGGUAUAUGCACAUCGCUUGGUACUGGCUACUUCUAAUACAGAAAGGAGUAUGCAAUGGGGAAGUGACUACCGUGCAGUCGAACAAGUUCUUAAAGGUGUCACUGUGGAAGAUGCUAUUGAGUCUGUUCUAUCCAGUGUGGAAGCGCCACUUUGA